AUGUCCUCCCCCGAAAGUGCAAGCUAUAGCCUCAUCGGCGUGGAUGACCCCGGCCCAAGACUAGACCCAUCGAACAACCUACCCCUAACCGAAAUGCACACGUAUCGCGAAUCGCGCGCUGACGAAUCAUCAGAAUCCGACAACGACCUGCAGCCCUCUCUGUUCAACACGUCCCGCCUUCCGGCUGCGCCAAUCGCCGAACGCGGGGAGGCGCCGCGCGUGUAUGUGGCGCUGCACCCUAAGGAACAAGGUGAGCAGGAUACGAGAUUCCUCGCUAACCUUCCAGAUAACCGACGAACGCCGGGGCGCUUCCCCUCAAUGAGCGACCUCAGACGAGCUCUGCCUGGCGAAGCUACGAAGCGCGGGCAGUCUUUCGACAACCUUCCCGACCCUGUCGCCACAGCGCACGCAAAUGGGGGGACCGCGGGACCGCGGCGUCUUACGGCUUUGGACCUACCCGCGCCGGGCGCACGAAAUGCACCAAAAACAUUUCAUGGCGACUGCGAAGAAGUGGAAGGCUUUAUUGACCAUUACGAGAAGCUCAUAAAGCUCUGCAACCUCGCUACCGGUCGCGAACGAUGCCACAACAUCCUGCUGUACUGUGCCCCUAGUGUAUCCGAAUUUAUUCGUGUAACUACCAGCUACCUACGAAGCGACUGGGAAGGACUUAAGGGUGAGAUAUACAAGUGGUACAAUGCGGAAGUCGCGCGCAAAAGGUAUAAGCCUAUCCACGUCGCGGAAUAUGUCAAGAAGCACGGUCGAGAACCCAUCUACAACCUGACCCAAUGGAACAAGUACUACGUAGGUUUCAAAAAGCGGUCCGGCAGGCUUGUGAGCGAAAAACUCAUGUCCCCCGCAAAGGAGGCCUGGUACUUUAAGAACGGGAUACACGCAGACCUCUGGGAGAAGAUCUACGCGACGCUGUCCUCCUUAGACCCUCUACACGAUCCCGCCGUCCCGUAUUCCGUCGCCGACAUUUGCGCAGCUGCCGAUGUCAGACUCAAGCGAGAGAACUUCGAUGACAUGCAAGAAGAUGCUGACCGUUUUGGUAUCGCCCCCGAAGACCUGCCUAGUGACUCAGAGGAAGGAUCCGAACCGGACAGCGAGUCUGACUACUCAGAGCGUGAAUACCGACGACGGAGGCGUGAGAAGAGACGCAAAGCGGAGCGAAAGCAUCGAAAGCACCGGAGUGAACCGACGCGAAAAGACAGGGUCACGGGCCCACCCGAGGAAGUCUCUACUCUCGUCCGGCAGCUCAACCGCCUUCGCACUGAGGAACCAUCGUAUCCUGUCAUAGUACUACGCGAUGGUCAGCGUGCGGAAGGAAGAGAAAGUCACGCAUACGCACCGGCUUUGGCCUCCCAAGUCCGAUUUGCCAACACCGACUCUCUGAUGCGCCCCCCGUAUUCCUUACCACCCGCAAUAUCGCGCGCCCCGCCACCCCACAUGAACGGGGAAUAUCAACCCAGACCACCACCAAUGCCUCUCGAGCAGACCUGCUUUGGUUGCCGAAGGCCGGGGCAUCGAGUGCGAGAAUGCGAGGACUUGAAUCGUUUAAUUCGGGAAAAUCGAGCGAAGCGAGACCCAAAUACUAAUCGGAUAGUCCUUGCGAACGACGCACCAGUACGCACGUAUCAGGGAGAAAGUCUCGUGCAGGCUAUCACCCGGAUGACGGGCAGCGAACCCCCGAGGCCGACAAGCCUGUACGCGGAAGCGCACGAGCGAAUGGGAAACGGCGCGCGGGCCUACUAUGCGACGGUGAGAAAAACGGAAGAAGACGUGUCAGAAGACGAAGCCCGGUACUCACGAGACAUCAAUGCUCAAGCCCUCCUGUCCGCAUACGAUUUGGCCGCGGAAACAGACGAAGAGUUGGAAAGCAGCGAAGAGGAGGAUAACCGCGAGGAGGAAGGGGAGGCUGAAGAAGAGGGAAAAUGGAUAGAGGACGAGAAAGGUCAGGUAUACCGCGUCAUCAGGGCGAGCAUGCCGGCAACAAGGAACGACAGGUCAGCAGUAGGUCAUCGAAAAGAGUUCAUGAACGAACCCGUGAGACGGCCAGGACUCCGAGCACCUGCGCCGCGGCAGACGGUUCCCAGCAAGUAUCGCGAGUUCAAGAAAAGUGACGCCAAUCGAGCCGCCCCACCGGGAAAUGAGCGGAAGGAGCGAGACGCGGGAUGGCCGACGCGUCAGUCGAGGGCUUCCAUUAUUCCUGGGCUAAAGGAAGGAGAUAAGCAGGUCCGCCUGGGAAACGAGGAACUGGGGGUAAAUGAUGAAGGGGUAACGCGGUUACCUGCGCCACAAAACGCUCCCCCUCCGCCUGAAUCCCUGCAUGAGAAGCCCCCGCGAGGCACCCUACCGGGCCCGAAUCCAUUUGAACUCCUUCCACCUCUCCAUCCCGUAAAUGCCCGUCGUCCGCGAGUACGCCCCGAGGAGGGAGGCGUCACAAUAAAGAACAGUCAAGACCUACCCGCUCGUUCGCACGCGCAAACAGACGGUGCCUUCGAGCCAAGUGAGGAUGCGGCUGCGCGUGGACGUGGGCCGGCUCGAAUCGCCCCCAUUACGCACGAAACGAACCCAAAGGAGGUAGUGGACAAGGUAUUAGGACAGCCCAUAACGCUCACCCUAAGAGAAGUGAUAGGCGUAUCGUCUAAGCAGGUCCAGCGGGAAUUUCAGGAGGUAAUGCGCCCGAAAAGUCUAGUGCGCUUGCCGACCGGAGGAGCCGCGGCCGUGAACAUAGCAGGCACAAGCCUAGAGACCCCCAGCGGUCCAGAAGUGUACGCGGCGCAGAUUGACGAGGACAACCUCAUCCGGUUGGACUUGUUAUGUGAAGGGACUCCUGUCAAAGCCAUCAUCGACACGGGUUCUCAGCUCAAUGUGAUGCGGGAAAGUCUGGCUCAGAAGAUAUUGGCAGGCAUGCCUCUGGACACAGCGGGGGCAUUGACAAUGAACGACGCGAAUGGGGGUGAAGGAUAUAUUUCAGGAGUAAUGAGCCAGAUAAGCCUCGAACUAGGACCCAUACGUACCAAGACCGAUAUAUAUCUGGGCGCCAAAGUACCCUUUGAUCUGCUUCUUGGACGCCCGUGGCAACGCGGAAACAAAAUCUCCAUCGACGAGAGGGAUGAGGGAACCUACCUUAUCUUCCGUGACCAAGAAACCGGCGCGAAAAGGUACGAGCUUCGGGUUCCCAGACAUCCCAAGGUCCGAAAAGGGGACAAGAAACCCCCAGCCGCCAUGCUAUUGGCGCGUGCGCCGCCCUAUAAGGAAGAAGGCAGCAUGGGGAAGGACGAUAAGCAGGCGUUGAUGGGCAGAGAUGCAUUCUACGUCACGUCACAUCAGAUCACACCCGCGUGGCGGCCGCAAGGCGUCUUUCCCUCCACCACGAACCGAGCCUCUCUCCCUCUGCUCAUCCUCUUUUCCCUGCUCCUGGUUUAUUUGAAUGCCUACUCCCUCUGUGCUAUCUCGAGCAACGCGUCAUCCCUCCGAAAUGCGGGUUUCGUGGACUAUAAAAGCAAGGACGAGAGGCUCGACAAAAGCAUCUUCCCCGCUUCUCCAACUUGCUCGCUGAGUCCUACGCUUAACACGAACAAGACUUCCCACCUGUUGUCGUUCCCAGCACGACUGAUGACCCCCUCGAGCGCUCCUCCGGAGGCGCCAUCCCCAUCCUUCCCGCACCUACCCCCAAUUCUUUCCAUAUCCGCCACUGUCAUUCCCGCGAACGAGUUCCCGGACGCGCAGGGGCAAGCACCUGCACAUCUCGAGCCUCCCAUCAAUGGAACGCUGGACGCCCCCACCCAGAUCGGAGAGACCACCCGAAGGCUCGACGAAGCUGCUGCCCGGGGCGAAUUUCCCGGCAGGCUAUUCGUCUUUUCAGGGAGAGGAGCCUCGCUGGGCGGUGGACGGGACCGUCACGGGCGCUACGCGCAUGAUGUGGCCAUUCCAAGUGGUGAGUUCUGCUCUCCAGUCCUUCUCAACGCGAACCUGAACGGGCUUCAAGCCACCUGCAUGUCGUCGGAUCCAAACGGGCGUCACUCCACCACCAUGGAGGACGUCUUCAUUCGUUGUUUCACGCAGACCGCGCCCUCCGUCUCCAACGAUCCUCUACUCGAGCCCGGAUCCAAUGGGAUCAACAGCCACCCACCCACUGUGGAGGAACUCCAGCGGAUCCUUCCCCAGCGCGACGACUCUAACGACCCCUCCCUCAUUCACUGCAACGUGCCGGUGGUCACAGACACCGGUCGUGUACCAGCCCGUCCCUUCACCCCUAUAUACGGCGCCAGUUCCCUUCCUCCCUACUACGCGCCCAGGAUGUGGUCGGGAGCCGACGCACAGCGCCCCGGCGCCAUGGGCGAUGUCAAUGGUUACACCGCCAUCGAGCAGAGCGUCCUCAACCACCGCCUCGUCCAGGGCAUUGACCCCGCACGUACGAUGGGCACCCAACCUGACGAUCGUUCCGCCGCCGACGCCUUCCAGCCCGCCGUGCUCGCUGCCUUCGCCGAUACGUUCGAGCUUGGGGGAUCUUCUCCGGCUCGAUCUACGCCCGUGCUUCCCUACCUCUCGCGAGAGGACGACCGCUAUGAGCCCCUCCCCCCCCAGCUACCAGGGGACGGACGCAACCAGCACGACGUCCGGUCCGUAUCACCGGUUGAGCACCGCGCCCCCGACGCCAUGGUCGUCGACAGUCCCCGCUGGAUACCCGGGUCGCCCGCCGACUCUGACUUCCAACGUCUCUACGAAGGACGGGUCGCGGAGGACACGCCUCCUUGGGAAUGCUUUCUGCAAUACCCAGAGCCGUCUCCCACGCCCGAUGGUAAGUCAUCCUUGAUCAGCCAACUGGCGCCCCGGCUCACGAGCGUUCCAGCCGGCCCCUCAGCUCAGGUGCUCGCCGCCGUCGAGACCCCACACGGCGCGCAGGCCAAUUCGGGACCAGGGGAAGUCAAGGACUCCCUCGAGGAUGUCCCCCUCGCAACCAACAACUCUGACGCGCCCUACGGUCCCGCCGCCUGUGCUCGAGGCAUCUCGCUCUUUGCGCCGGAUGCCGGGGGUGCUGCCGGACAGCCGCAAGGCGACCUGGAGCUCUCCCCCGAGCAGCGACUCGUGCUGUUCAUGCGGGCCAUGCCUUCGCAGUCGUCAUCGGGAGGCCUUUUGUUUAAGUCCCCUCCCACGACCAGCGUCACAACCGCGCACGUUGCACCCUCUGUAUCCGCCACAGCAGAUCUUCUCGCGCCCCUCCAGCUCAGCGACGCGCUUAACGCCGCCGCGGCCGCGCUCGCCGCCUCCGCGCAACCCGCCUCCGAUGUCUCGAAGGGACUCGAGGAGGCCGCGGCAGGAAACGAGGAGGGCGUCGGGUCAACAGCAGCGCUGGAUUCCGAGCCGCUUCCCUGCGCCGACACCCCGCAUCCCAGCACGGGAAUCUACCAUCGACCCGCCAAACGGUCGAGGGGGAGUCACAAUGCCGCCGAUCCGGGGGCGCGGCAUGGUAGCCGCUUUCGAGGAAAGGAGCGCGCCGACGCGGGAGAGCGGCUCGUUCCGUCAAUCACCAACCCCUCUCCACAGAACGUCGUUCCGGUCCGCCCCCCCAUCGUUCUCGACUCCGGGAAGAUCCACGCCGGCAACGACGUCGAGAGCGACACAGACAACCGGAGGCGUAUGGGAUUCUCGCAAUACUCGGGGGCUCCUCGACGGUAUGUGCUUCGCACCUACGCGCUCCUCCGUCAGACCCUGAUGCCCCUUAGUAUACGCAUCCCGACCGAACGCGGCAGGACCAGAGUGUGGACGUCGCCGGGGCCGUCGCCGCUGGGAGAACCCUCUGGAUCGAAAGCCACCCCGGGGGCACUGAACGGCGAUGACGGAUCGACGGCCACUGAAUCUGGCUCGGCGCCGCGUGAUGUGGAGAUGCGAGAGCUUCCCUCCUCACCGCUAGCGUCUCCUCCCAUGUUCUCCGAGCUCGAUCGCGCGGAAUGGUCGAGCCACGAAGCCGCGCCACACCCUUUCUCCUUCGCCCUCAGCCAUCCUCCACUUCCGCAAGAGGCCCGCCUGAAGGAAGAAUUAGCUCCCUCUUCCCCAGAUGCAGCUCCCGUGUUGUCGAGCGCCGUAUAUCCUGGGCUCUCGGACUACAAGGCGGAGGUCCAUACUCCAUCUCCCGACGACGGUAUGGGUGGGGCGACAGGAUCGGGGCCCGCCCCUCCUUCAUGGACAGCCCGUGAGCACCAUCUAGAUUCCAGUCGCAUCACGCAUGCUGAUCAGCCCGCAGAGGACGGAGACGCUGAACUCGACGCCCCUCAACCGGGACCAAGCCGUGUAGCUACCUGUGCACCCCCGCCCCCUUGGAGAGUCGUCGCCGAAGACGAUGGGCGCGCGAUGCCUGCGGAGGACCCAGAGGACGACGGCCUGACCGAUCGGGACGCGGAGGGAGACACCGACGAGGAGACAGUUGACCGAUGGGCAAGUGAGAGCGACACCAACGAGCGCGCGUCAGACAUGGAUGUCGACGAGAGGCGGGACCCAGACGAUAGCCCUCCCCACCUAGCUCCCGAAUCCAACACCGCGGAGAUCAAUGCGACAGCGCGGCGGCUGCGCGCCCUAGCUCGCCGCCUUCACGCGAGCGCGGCCAGAACGUUCGACGCUGCGGGCGUGGUGUACGAGGCGGCGUCCAGCCAGCUGGAACACGUGCGGAUUGCAAGGGCCGUCGACGAGAUGCGUGAGACCAUCGCGUCCCUAUUGGACGAAGAAGUUCCUGCCGCAGGAAUUAACAAGAACAAUCUCCUAGAGCGUCUUGAGGAGUCGGGAGCGUUCUCGGCAGCGAGCACCUCCAGUUCCAGCGACGACCAUCCGCGAGGGGAGGGCGAAGUGCGGGGCGACAUUACGAGCCCCUUACCAGCAACGCCCCCGCCUUCGCCAUCCGAUGGGUCGAUGCCCGAGCUGCAGUCGCAAGAAGGCGAGCCACUGCUACCGCUGCGAGAGACGCAGGGGUGCGCUGACGAGACCCCCGCUGACCUCGCCCGCCUUCCCCAUACUCCCUUUGAUCCUGAGCCAGAUCCAAACGACCUCGGCAGCGACAGGAUUCCGGAAGGGUCGCCCCCUGACUACUCGCGUGUACAGCACGACGGAGGCUUCUCGGAAGCUCUGCAUCGUACUCCCCCUCCCUCUAGUGUGCUCCUACCCGAGCCAGAGGCCAUCACGGUAGGCUUCCUCCCUCGAAGAGAUGAAUUUAUGCUCAAUCACCUUCAGCUGACGCGCAUCUUCCACAAAGCGCUCACGCAGGCACUCACGGCUCACAACGUCCUACACGAAGGCGAAGUCGACAGCGAGGAGGUGGAGGUCAUACUCCGCGAGAUCACCCGACAACUGCAAGAGGAGGCUAGUCCCAUCCUACAGCUCGGGCGCCGGCGCCUCACCUACACCCCGCCGGACCUCGAUCCAGCGCUGCUAGUCCAGCAAUUGCAACGACACCUGGCGUCGGCAGAGGGCCAAGUCGACAGUCUCGAGGACUUCAUUGUACGACGCCUCUCUCAAGUCCUGGAAGACCCCGGCUUCGACGUCGCUCUGGAGGCGGCUUCGCUCAAGACUCUCUUUCGAUGCGUUGGGCUCGACGCUAGCAGUGCCGCCCUGCUCGAAUGGUGGGGAAGCAUCUUUCCGCAGAGCGUCUAUCGCGCACCCGCCAACCUUCUCAGCGUCACUCGCGGCUCCGUCCUCCACAUGCACCCGCCCCGAGACCUCACGCGUCCGAGCGUCCCCUUCGGCCUCAUUGCCCCCAACAGCCCGGGACACUUGAUGCACCUGCCGGACUGGGGCUUCUUCGUACGGCACGGGUGGCCGCAGAUCAACGCUGCGAGAGGUUUUUUUCUCUCAAUCAUCGAGGUCGCGAAGACUCUAGUCUCCGCGAGGGACUGGAAGGAAGGCGUCCGCCAGCACAUGCUUAACCGCACCGUGCUAGAGCCGCCGGCCAGCCCCUUCUUGUUCGUCGAAGAAGCCCAAUACCUCGAGGGCGUCGCCAAGAUGCUCUAUCGCUACGACGAGGACCGGCUUGCAAUGUUGCUGCAAUGCGCCAUUCGGCGGAACCUCCCCCACCUCGACGGGUAUCUGCGCGGGCUCAUGCGAUGCGGGUAUCUGGGGGGACCCGUGGAAGAGGUCUGCCGGGCGGCCAGUCAGCGGCAGGAGGAGAUGGAGGAAGAGUGGAAGCGCUGGAGGCGCAGUUCGUGGGUACGGCGCUGGGCACCGCUGUGCCCAGAGAGCUCCCGCCUUCAAGAAGAGCUCGCGGACGUGAUGAUCGCUCUCGAGCGCGAUGGGGGCGUUCCUCCUGAGGACCCCAACGACCUCGACUUGGCUCCUCUGGAGUAG